AUGGCUGCAAAUAACGUCGCAAUUGACUUUAUUGAUGAAUUGGUUCCAGUUUUGAAAAUAUUUAUUAAAGAUACAAGAAUAGUACAAGAUAUAUAUCUUUCUAGUUUCAAGUGUACUGAGAUUAUAACAAAAGUUUUGGCAGAACGCGAGACUGAGAAAACAGUAGAGGAUUUGCAAAAAAAUAAAUUUUCAGUUUUAAUUGAUGAGUCCACUGACAACAGUUCAACAAAACUUAUGUGCGUGCUAGUAAGAUAUUUUGCACCGGAAGAAAAUAAAACUCUAACGAAAUUACUAGAUUUACUUGAAGUUGAUUCUAAAGAUGGUACCCCAGAAAACCUUAAUGCAACUUUUAAAACAAAAAUGGAAGAAAGAGGAGUAACUCUUACAAAUAUUGUAAGUCUUGCUUCUGACAAUGCGUCUGUCAUGGUGGGCUGCAAUAACUCUUUUUACACAUGUUUGAAGGCAAAUGUACCAAAGUUGAUCUUGAUGAAUUGUGUUUGUCACAGUUUUGCUUUAGCUGGUAACAGUAGUUGCAAAGUUAUGCCUGAAUCUUGCGAAUAUUUAGUCAAAGCUAUUGCAACUUAUGUUACCUCAAGUCCUAAAGGCACUGCCGAGCCAAAGGAAUUUCAAGAAUUUAUAAAUAAUGAAUUUCACAUGAUUUUAAAACUUGCAACUACGAGAUGGUUUUCAUUUAAACACUGUAUUCAUCGAAUAUGA